CUGGAAACUGCUCGUGUCAAUGUACUACCACUAGAAGAGAAUAAGGAAGACAACCGAGGGGAAGAGAACCACAGAAGACAACAACAGAAUGGCUGCAAGUGAAUCACCAUCUGAAAUGGACUGCACCUGUCCUGUGUGCUGUGACAUAUUUAACGAUCCUGUAGUCUUGUUGUGCGGUCACAGCUUUUGUAAGUACUGUCUUCAGGAGUGGUGGAGACAGAGUACCCUCCAGACAUGCCCGGUCUGUAAGGAAAUAUUUCCGAUGGCUCAGCCUCCACGUAAUCUGGCACUGAAAAAUCUCUCUGAUACCCUGAGACAAGAGAGGAGUCAGAGAGGUUCAUCAAGAUCUAAAGAGCUCUGCAGUCUGCACGGUGAGAAACUCAAACUCUUCUGUCAGGAUGAUCAAGAACUCAUCUGUGUGAUCUGUAGGGAUGCAAAAAAACAUAAGCAACAUAACUGUGUCCCCAUCAAUGAAGCAGCAGAAGACCAUAGGACCAAACUGAAGGUUAAGCUGAUGCAUUUAAAAACCAAACGGGGGUCAUUCGAAAAAGAAAAAGUCAAGUGUGAUAAAAUGGCCAGCCACAUCACGCUCCAGGCCCAACAGACUGAGAAGGGGAUAAAAGAGGAGUUUCAAAAGCUGUACCAGUUUCUGCGGGCAGAAGAGACUGCAAGGAUUGAUGCUGUGAGGAAAGAGGCGACGCUCAAGAGUGAAGCAAUGAAGAUCAGGAUUGUGAAUCUGACUGCAGAGAUCUCCUCACUUUCAGACAAUAUCAAAACCAUGGAGGGAGACAUAAAAGCUGAAGAUAUCUCAUUCAUGCUGAAUGUCCAAUCUUCUAUGAAGCGGUCCCAAUGCAACCUGCCAGAACCAGAGACUCCAUCAGGAGCCCUUAUCGAUGAGGCCAAACACCUGGGGAACCUACUGUUCACAGUCUGGUGGAGGAUGAAAAACAUAAUCCAGUACACUCCUGUAACUCUGGACCCCAACUCUGGCGACCCAUUAUUGACUGUAUCAGAAAACAUGACCCGUUCAACAGUAAGAGACCAGAGUCAGCGGCUCCCUCAAAACCCUGAAAGGCUAGGCAAUUGGGGUAUUCUUGGCUCUGAGUGCUUUACCUCUGGGAAACACAGCUGGGAUAUAGAGGUGGACAAGGACUAUGAUGAAGAGGUCAAUGACUGGAAUUGGUAUGCUGGUGUGGCUACUAGACCCAAGCAUGGAACCUCUGCAAAGAUCUGGGGCAUCAAAACGUGCAUGUGUAGUGAUGUAUUAUAUGAACAUACCCCAGGGGAUGAUGCAAAAACUGUACAGACACACUUCUCUUUAUUUCCACAGAAGGUGAGAGUGCAGCUAGAUUAUGAGCAAGGAAUACUAUCUUUUAUUGACCAGAAUGCGAAAACAUGUGUACACACUAUCAAACACACUUUCACAGAACCUGUUUUUCCAUAUUUCUGUAAGAAUACAAAAAUCCUUCCAGCUGACUUGUCAGUGACAGUGAGACAGCCCAAAUAAGCAUGCUGCAUUACUGCAUUAGAUCGAACAACAAGCUGAGGCCCUGACAUGGCUGGGUUUUGGCUAUGUGUUAAUGUUGUAUAACUUAGAAAUUCAAAGGCUUGUGUCACAUUAAGUACAACAUUUUUUUUCAUCAUAUCUAUGAUUGAAUUAUUUUGAAUUUCCAUAUAGAUUAUGUUGCUCUGAUAUUAGUACAUAGUUAUAAAUCUUGUUCUCUCUCUGUAACUUUGUGUCAUGUCAGUAGCCAAUGUCAUGUUAACCUUGGUGUAAAAGUUUUUUUUCUUUUACUUUCUUAAAGGGUUAACCCAAUUGAUUUUACACAUGAAGUUCUGUUUACUUGUCAUGAGGAUAACUUUUCAGCCUUUAAAACCAGUUUUAGAAAAAAUUAAGAAAAUAAGCCUGAUGAUGUCAUGAGGGUUUAGACUGGAAAUGAUUUACA